CCCAUCCCCGCCGCCCUUUGCCUGGCCGGGGGAAGCGGCCACCCAGCGAUGCGCCCGGCGUGAGGGAGCCCGUGCCCCCGCCGCCGCCCGCAGCAUGCCGCCCUCCCCGAAGAGACCCCGCGCGGCCGCGGCCGCCGCCUGCCCUGCCAUGCUGCUGCUGCUCCUGUGCUUGGGCUGGGCGCGGGGACACUCCCGGGGGGCGGCCGGGCUGGCCCCCAACGCCACCACGCCGAUCUCCAUCAUGGGCUUGAUGCCGCUCAGCCAGUCGGAGGAGGACCAGAAGAGCAAGAUCGGCCGGGGCGUGCUGCCCGCCGUGCAGCUGGCCAUGGAUCAGAUCCGCAACGAGUCCCUGCUCAACCCCUACUCGCUGGACCUCCGGCUCUAUGACACCGAGUGUGACAAUGCAAAAGGACUCAAAGCCUUCUAUGAUGCAAUAAAAUAUGGACCUAAUCAUCUGAUGGUUUUUGGUGGAGUAUGUGCAACAGUCACUUCUAUCAUUGCUGAAUCCCUAAAAGGAUGGAAUUUAGUUCAGCUUUCAUUUGCAGCAACAACCCCAGAGCUGGCUGAUAAGAAAAAAUAUCCUUAUUUCUUCCGGACAGUACCAUCUGAUAAUGCAGUGAAUCCUGCGAUUUUGAAGUUACUCAAAUAUUAUCAAUGGAAGAGGGUGGGAACUCUAACCCAGGAUGUACAAAGAUUCUCUGAGGUGAGGAAUGAUCUGACCGGUGUUCUGUAUGGUGAAGACAUCGAGAUUUCAGAUACUGAGAGUUUCUCCAAUGAUCCCUGCACCAAUGUCAAAAAGCUCAAGGGUAAUGAUGUUCGGAUAAUCCUUGGCCAGUUUGAUGAGCAAAUGGCAGCAAAAGUGUUCUGUUGUGCUUAUGAUGAGGAGAUGUAUGGCAGUAAAUAUCAGUGGAUCAUUCCUGGGUGGUAUGAAAGUUCAUGGUGGGAAUCUUGGAUUAAUUCUUCACACUGUCUCAGCAAAAACCUUCUUACUGCCAUGGAAGGUUACAUUGGAGUGGAUUUUGAACCUCUCAGUUCAAAAGUGAUAAAGACCAUAUCAGGACGGACUCCACAGCAGUAUGAAAAGGAGUAUAAUGACAAACGGGGAGAUGGACAGUCCAGUAAAUUUCAUGGUUAUGCCUACGAUGGAAUAUGGGUGAUUGCCAAAACACUGCAGCGGGCAAUGAAAUAUCUCAACACUACAAACAAACACCAAAAAAUCGAGGAUUUUAACUACACAAACCACAAACUUGGCAAAAUAUUUCUGGAUGCUAUGAAUGAAACCAACUUCUUUGGUGUAACGGGUCAAGUUGUGUUCAGAAAUGGAGAGAGAAUGGGAACCAUCAAAUUUACACAGUUUCAAGAUAGAAAGGAAGUGAAGGUGGGAGAGUAUAAUGCUGUAGCUGAUACACUGGAAAUAAUCAACAACACCAUCAGGUUCCAAGGAUUGGAGCCUCCAAAGGACAAAACGAUUAUACAAGAACAGCUGCGCAAGAUCUCCUUGCCUCUCUACAGUAUUCUUUCAGCACUUACUAUCCUAGGAAUGAUCAUGGCCAGUGCUUUUUUGUUCUUUAACAUCAAAAACAGAAAUCAGAAGCUAAUAAAGAUGUCCAGUCCCUACAUGAACAACCUUAUUAUCCUUGGGGGGAUGCUUUCCUAUGCCUCUAUUUUUCUUUUUGGCCUUGAUGGAUCCUUUGUCUCUGAAAAGACAUUUGAGACACUUUGCACAGUCCGGACAUGGAUUCUUACAGUGGGCUAUACAACUGCAUUUGGAGCAAUGUUUGCAAAAACCUGGAGAGUUCAUGCAAUUUUCAAAAAUGUAAAAAUGAAGAAAAAGAUUAUUAAGGACCAGAAGCUGAUGGUGAUAGUUGGAGGGAUGCUGCUGAUUGAUCUUUGCAUCUUGAUUUGCUGGCAGGUUGUGGACCCCUUGAGAAGGACUGUGGAAAAGUACAACAUGGAGCCGGACCCUGCAGGCAGAGAUAUUUCCAUUCGUCCAAUUUUAGAGCACUGUGAAAACACUCACAUGACCAUUUGGCUUGGCAUUGUCUAUGCCUACAAAGGGCUGCUCAUGUUAUUUGGUUGUUUUUUAGCAUGGGAGACUCGAAAUGUCAGCAUUCCUGCUUUGAAUGACAGCAAAUACAUCGGGAUGAGCGUAUACAACGUGGGGAUCAUGUGCAUUAUUGGAGCUGCAGUUUCAUUCCUCACUCGGGACCAGCCCAAUGUUCAAUUCUGCAUUGUUGCUUUAGUCAUUAUAUUCUGCAGUACCAUUACACUCUGCCUUGUUUUUGUACCUAAGUUAAUCACACUGAGGACAAAUCCUGAUGCGGCCACUCAGAACAGACGUUUCCAAUUCACUCAAAAUCAAAAGAAAGAAGACUCAAAAACAUCAACAUCAGUCACCAGUGUCAAUCAAGCCAGUACAUCUCGGCUAGAAGGACUGCAGUCAGAAAACCACCGCUUGAGAAUGAAAAUCACAGAGCUAGACAAAGAUUUAGAAGAGGUUACUAUGCAGCUCCAGGACACACCUGAGAAGACAACAUACAUUAAGCAGAACCACUAUCAGGAUCUUAAUGACAUCCUCAGUAUACGGAACUUUACAGACAGCAAAGAUGGUGAGAAAGCUGUUUUGAAAAAUCACCUUGAUCAAAAUCCACAAGCACAGUGGAGCACAACAGAGCCCUCCAGAACAAGCAAAGAUCCUAUAGAAGACAUCAACUCUCCAGAACAUAUCCAACGCCGAUUGUCUUUACAACUGCCCAUUCUUCACCAUGCCUACCUGCCAUCCAUAGGCGGAGUUGACGCUAGCUGCGCCAGUCCGUGUGUAAGCCCCAGUGCCAGUCCUCGGCACAGGCAUGUGCCGCCAUCUUUUCGAGUGAUGGUUUCUGGCCUGUAGAAAUGGGGGAUCAGAGCUUCCUGAACUGCUUUUACGUACUCAGUGACUGGACUGAACAUCAGACGUAGAACUCUGCUAUAAACAUACUAUUUGCUCUUACCACACGGAGGAACUAGUGCUAAGGCCAUCAUCAUGGGAGUACCAGUGUAACUCAUGUGGAAAGGCGAGAGCAAGAGAUACCUGGAGUUUGAUCUGUAGCCUUAUUCAUGGAUCUUUUAUUUCUUCACAAAGAAGUCGUUGAAAAUAUUUCUUCCCAAAUUUCUACUGGAGGCUGGGAAAUACGAAUCUUGCAAAAAAUGAGACUAUUAAAAAAAAACCCACUCAACUGUCACUGUUACAUGGCUGCUGAAAACAUGGAACUAUAUGCUGUCCAUGUAAGAAAAAUAAAAUGAUAGCGCUAUAACAUUUAUUGAAAUAGAUACACUUCAUUUUACAAAAGUUGUGUUAAAUUGUUGGAAGCAUUCUGCACUGGUUAGUCUUGCUUGUUUUCAUUUCAGAGAGGAUUUUCAGUGGGAAAGGGGGAUUUUGAGAAAUGAUUCCUGAAGUGUGAUUGAGACUCUGUGUUGCUAAUAGCAGGGUCCCCCUGUAACUAAAAACUCUACACAGGGCAGAAGCAGAGGUUGUAGCAACAGCCCUGAGGCAUUACCACCUACAGAGCUGCUGUUCCAAGUCAGAGCUCUUUACAGUUCUCCAGGGAUUAGAUGUGGUGAUUGCCAGGUUCCCAUGCUGACCAUAAGGGACUUAUUUUGACAGAGUUUCUGCCUCUCUUUCAAAAUAAACACAACCAACCGUAAUAUACAAAGCCGGCAGAAAAAGUCCUCGGGCUGCUAACUCAAUAAGCUGAGGAUGGAUGGGUAGUAAAGUCUUAAUGUCACAGGAUGGAUUGAUUUUCACAGUUUGUUUGAAUUAUGCCACACAUAAUUACAAUCAUACUAAUUUAGUAGACGGGGUGGGUGGGGGGAACAGGGCACAGCACUUUGCGGCUGCAGGCAAUUUCUGCAGAGUACAUAGACAAUAAUAUACACUACCUUUGCUUGGUACCUGUAUGUGUGACAGUUGUAACUGGUAAUAGGUGGUAUAAACCAAGUUUGACCAUAGAAUAUUUGGUUUGACUAUGAUAAAUAAAGGUGUGGAAAAAGCAUGAAUUUUAAUCUCUCUGUUGAUCGGGGCUGAUCGCAUUUCAUAUUUGAGCUCAUACCUUAGCUCUACUCCCCUAAGCAAAGUUAUUCUAAGGUUGUUGUAAGAGGUUCUAGCUGAACCAAUCUUAGCGACAUUCUCACAAACUGUAAGGAAGGCCUGAUCCCAGUCUAUCCUCCAGUAUAUUGGCAAUGUGAUGUAUCACGGCCUUGUCAGUUGUUAAGACCCGUGAUUUUCUUAAACGAAAUAAAAAUAUUGUCUUGCUAAAAAUAGCAGUGGUGCCCCAGAAUGCACUUGGUGUCUUUAACCAAUGCCUGCCCACCUCACACAUUCUGAAGUGACUAUUCCACAAACACUCCCAGAUCAGCGAUGACUUUAACGAGCUGCUUUCAGUAGCUGCACAGUGGAAGAGGCUUAUUAACAGAGGGACUUAAUUGCAGCUUUGACAAACAAGCAAAAAUCUUCACCACGUAGCCAAAAUAACCAUAAAUAUAAAUCUUCCAAUGGGAGCAUCACAAAAUAUUUCACUUGGCACAUACAGUAAGAGAGAUUAUGGAGGUACCUGUAGCUUUUAGAACAAAAACAUGUAAGUAUAACACAGGUAAAAUAGAAUUCAUUACUCUGUUUAAGCAUUGAUGUUGUCACUCAAUGUGUGUUGACAGUAUUCUCUUGCUUUAUUGAUUUAAUCAGGGCCUGGUUUAUUUUAAAAGGAAUCUGUUAAUUUGUAAAAGAGAAAAGGACAAAACUGUAUAUAAUGUAUACACAAACAUUGCUGUAGAAAUAUUAAUCCAACAUAGCAGGAAAAACUCAAAAGUAUUGGCCUGAUGGAGGUGAGUGUGUGUGUGUCUGUAACUUUGUGAAUACUGACUGUGUGCCGUUUAUUAGGUUUAAACCAUGCAGUACAUUCUUUGUCUCAAUGAUACUGUAGUUUCUCCCAUGACAUUUUUUUAAUUUCCUGCAGCAUAACAAGACCCACCAAGUGAAUAUAGCUAUUUAAUGUUUCUGUUCUUUUAUACUGCAGCAAAACAGUACUGUAAAUUUAUGAAGAGGCUGUGCCCCAAUGGCAUUUUCCAAUGAUGUUAGUGCACAAAUGCUUUAAACUAGACUGGGACUGCCAGAAGAAAAUGUAAAUGAAAAAUUUCUUGUAUACCCUUAUACUGCAUGAGAUCAAUUUUUAAAAAAAUUGUUGCAAAUCUGUUUUUAUGAAUAAAAUAUAGAAAAUCUAA